AUGACCAAACCCUCUGCUACCGCGUCUCCCCGCGGUUCGAGUAGCCGCAUUACGCUGGACCUCAACUUGGGUACCGCCCAUUUGAUGGACAUAAUCGAAGGCCCUGCGGGUUAUGGAGCGGACAGUAUAUUGAUCCGUUAUCAAGCGCCGUGCGCCAUUGAAGACCAAGAUGUCGAAGGCGACAAUCCCGAAUACUUUUUGACUGCGGCCGCCAUGGAGGACGACAGCAUGACGGUCAAGAGUUCCUCUACCGCCGGCUCUUCGAGUAUCCAACAACAACGACAGCAUGCUCGCGUCAAACAGCGUCGACGUCGUCAACAGCGGCAACAAUUGGACGAACAAAUUUGGUGGAUCAUGGCGUCGAUCGAGCGGUUCGCUACGCAAUUUCGACACUUGAGUUUGCGAUUUGUCGGAUGCUCCUUUCCGGCCGAAGCCUUGGCGUGGUUGUUGGACCGCGUCGACCGCAUUGAGUGUCUGCAAAUGAGAGUCACGUUUCAUGGGAGUCUAGGAGGACUCGCCAAGGCGUUGCAGAGACAUCCGCAUUUGACGCAAGUCUUUGUCGAUCACUGUCGACCGUCCUUUGAUGAUAGUAGUCACAACUACAAUAACAGGAGACGCAAACAAGAAGACGAAGAAUUCAAACGCUUGGACGUGUCUUCCAACAAGCAGCAGCAGUACAAACAACACAACGCCAAGAAAUCCCCUCCGCCGAAAUUGGCUAGUCUCGAACCGCUCCUCGAUGGAUUGGCACAGUCCAAAACGCUGCGUUGCUUGACGCUCAGUCAUACGACGAUUGCCUUUACCGCGCGAACGUUUCAGGAGGAAGAAGAAGAGGAAGAACGUCCUGUAGUGGCAUGGAAUGCCGGUGCCUCCUUGGCGCAAUUCAUUCGCAUGCCGUCGCUCGAAAAAUUGUCUCUGGAACACAUGACCGAAGUACAAGACGCCGAUUUGGCCACCAUGGCACAAGCCUUGAAAUCACAUCAUACACUCAAGACACUUUCCGUUCGACAGUGCGCCGUAGGACCACUCACCGGACAAGCGCUGGGCGACGUAUUACCCUGGAAUCGCGGCCUCCAAACCCUCGACGUCAAUAUUCAUUGGUGGGAUGGUCUUUCUUACGAAGAAACCAAUGAAGGACAAUACGUUGCCAAAUGCUGGGAAACCGAUGUUAUUUCCCUCAUUCAAGGACUACAAACCAAUCCCUCGCUCAAGUGUCUCGGGUUGUAUUGUGACAAUUUGGCGUACACACAUAAUGCCGCCGUCGUGUCCAUUUUGGGAGAAUCCGUCGAAGCCAGUACCAACGAAUUGUGUGCAUCCGCCUUGAGAGAAUUGCCCAAAAUAUUCCAAAAGACGUCGGACGAGAAGGUUUCCUUUACUCCCCACCGACGCAAUUGUGUCUUGGAAGAUAUCAUUGUCGGCCAUCGAUCCUUCGGAUUGACUCCGGAGAUUGAUUUCUACCUCAAUUGGAACCGUGCCGGAAGGAGUUAUUUCUGCCAAGAAGACAAUGCAUCGCCCUAUGAUUGGAUGGAUGCCAUUCUCAAUCAUCGAGAAGAUUUGAGUGUCGUCUACGCACUCGUGUCCAUGAACCCCGUCAUGUUCUUUCGACAAAACAUGAGGACCAGGAAAUGA